UUCAACACUCCUUCUACAUCUGCGCCUCUCUCUCAAAACCCUAAUCUCUCACAUUUCAACAAAACCAGCAGCCAUGGAAGAGCGCCCCCCUGCAGAACGUGGAUCCUUCGGUCGUGGCUUCGGUGGACGUGGAGACCGGGGAGGCCGAGGUGGACGUGGAGAUCGCGGUGGACGAGGCCGACGCCGCUCUGGCCGCAAAGAGGAGGAAGAGAAAUGGGUACCAGUCACAAAACUAGGCCGCCUUGUAAAAGAUGGCAAAAUCUCCUCCGUGGAGCAAAUCUACCUCCACUCACUACCCAUCAAAGAGUACCAAAUCAUAGACACCCUUAUUGGUCCUAUCUUGAAAGAUGAGGUGAUGAAAAUCACCCCAGUUCAGAAACAAACAAGAGCCGGUCAGCGAACCAGGUUCAAGGCCUUUGUUGUUGUUGGUGAUGGGAAUGGACAUGUUGGUUUGGGUGUGAAGUGUGCUAAAGAAGUGGCCACUGCCAUUCGUGGGGCUAUUAUUUUGGCAAAACUCUCUAUUAUUCCGGUGAGGAGAGGGUACUGGGGGAACAAGAUCGGAAAGCCACAUACUGUGCCUUGUAAGGUUACAGGGAAGUGUGGCAGUGUGACUGUGAGAAUGGUCCCCGCCCCUCGUGGAGCUGGGAUUGUUGCUGCCAGGGUUCCUAAGAAGGUGCUUCAGUUUGCUGGAAUUGAUGAUGUUUUUACAUCUUCCAGAGGAUCUACUAAGACUCUUGGAAACUUUGUUAAGGCCACAUUUGACUGCUUGCUGAAGACUUAUGGGUUCCUUACACCUGACUUCUGGAAGGAGACUCGCUUCAUAAGGUCACCAUUCCAAGAGUACACAGAUCUGUUGGCAAAACCCACUAGCAAGGUUCUCAUCACUGAGGUUCAUGAAGAUUGAUUCUCAUGCUGCCUGGGAUGCCAUGGAAGAUUAUUACAAGACAAUGUUUUUCCCUAGUAUAGGCUGUAGUCAAAAGAUGAUUAUUGUAUUCCCUGAGGAUAGCCAUGUUUGUUUUGGAUUCCUUUCCAAGUUUUGAUUCGGAUUUUUUAAAUGUUAUUUUGGAUGGAUUUGCAAUAUUAUGCAUGUUUUAAUA